CAAUUUUGAAAACGCAAUUUCUGGUUUUUGCAGAGUGUGGAGCAGUGUGCCGCAUUAUGCAGCGGCUGAGACAGAGAGGUUCUCGCAUGGCUUCACUUUCCGCUGCCAACCUCAAACGCAAAGCCCUUAAUUCCUGGGCCGCCGUUAACGACACCUUCUUCCUCACCAAGGAUGCGUUCGAGAGGCACCGCGUGGUCUUCACUGUUGGGACUUCCAUUGCCUCCGUUGCCACUGCUUGGAUCGGGUAUUCAUUGCGCCAUUUCCAUGAUGAAAAGGUUGAACAAAGGCUUGAAUCAAUUGAAAAAGCUAUGAAAAAUAAGCAUAAUCUGGAACAUUCUGAAAUCAAAGACAUUGUUGGUCCUGGAGGUCUCAGUGUUCCUACUUGUGCCGCCACUGCCGCAACCACCUUGAUCAUUGGGUAUGGCUUGGGAUGGCGAGGUGGGAGCUGGUAUGCGACAAAGAAGUUCAGAAAAGAGCAGAUGAAACUGCUAGGACAGAUUAAACCUAGAAGAUGGGAAUUGCUUGGGAAGGUGACAACUGUGGAUGGUUAUGUUCUCAGUGUGCCGAGAAUUCCGGUGGGGCGGUCACGGGGCCCACGGGGCAAUAGGCCACCGGUUCUGCUACAGCAUGGUUUAUUCAUGGAUGGCAUAACGUGGUUAUUGCUACCUCCAAGCCAAUCUCUGGCAUUCCUUUUGGCAGAUAAUGGUUUCGAUGUUUGGAUUGCUAACACGCGUGGCACGAAGUAUAGCCGGCAACAUAUAUCGUUACCUACUAACAGCUCAGAUUAUUGGAAUUGGUCAUGGGAUGAAUUAGUUGCAUAUGAUCUUCCAGCAACAUUCCAGUAUGUGCAUGAUCAAACUGGACAGAAGCUGCACUAUAUCGGUCACUCGCAGGGAACUUUGAUUGCACUGGCUGCUUUAUCCAAAGAUCAGUUGCUGAAUAUGCUAAGAUCAGCCGCCUUACUUAGUCCAAUCGCAUACGUUAGCCAGAUGACCUCGCCACUUGCUAAAAAUGCAGCUGACAACUUCUUUGCUGAGUACUUGUACAAACUUGGGAUCUUUGAAUUCAGCCUGAGAGGGGAUGCUGUAAUACAGUUUCUUAAGGACAUGUGCAAAAAACCAGGCAUUGAUUGCACUAACUUGUUGACCACUUUCACAGGCCCUAACUGCUGCCUAAGCCCAUCAAUUGUCAAUAUAUUUUUGGAUCAUGAGCCUCAGUCAACAGCAACAAAGAACAUGAUUCAUCUAUCUCAGAUGAUCAGACAAGGAACAAUAGCAAUGUUUGAUUACAUGAACAUAGAUGAGAAUACAAGACAUUAUGGACGGCCGACUCCUCCGGUGUAUGACAUGACCAGAAUUCCAAACAGCCUUCCUCUCUACCUGAGUUACGGCGGCGCUGACGCUCUUUCUGACGUCAAAGACGUGCAACGGCUAUUAGAAACUCUUGAUGAUCAUGAUGGAGAUAAGCUUGUAGUACAAUAUAGAAAUGAUUAUGCACAUGCAGAUUAUGUUAUGGGAGAAAAUGCUAAACGAGAUAUAUAUGAACCUCUCAUAUCUUUCUUUAAGCUUCAAUGAUAUCUAAAGAAUAACAUUCAUCACUAUAGAAAUUUUUAUAUUCUUGGUUAGAGUUGAAUAGCAUACAAAUAUCAAUGUGUAAUUUUACAGAAAAGUAAUAUUAUCAAAGAAAGUUAAUAUAUAUAU